AAAGAGAUGAGUGUCAUACUUCGCUUCUUAGUGUAGUGUCCUGUAGUACUAGAACUGCUCAUAAUUAAGCUGGUGUUAAAAGAAGUUUGAUUACAAAAAUAACAAUGAAAAAAGGCACGUUGAAUUGCGUUCUAUUCGCAUUAAUUCUAUUGCAACUCCUGGACGUAUCCUCAGCCAAAUGUUCGCUUUACAAAGUCUGCGCCCAUGAUAGAGGAUACGCUCAGUACUGCAUUCCACACAACGGCUCGAUCUUCCCUCCCUCAUUUUCGUGGCUAAUAGACCCCAAACCGCUGGAUAAAUCAGACGAAAAUUACAAAGCAGCUAUCGACGUGUUACAUCAAUUUUGCCCAUACUAUCUCAACGACGACGGCACCACCAAGGAUUUGUGCUGCGCGGCCGACCAAAUAAUCGCCAUGGGCUCCGGUUUCUCCAACAUGGCCCCUUUCAAGCGCUGCUCAAGUUGCACCAUCAACAUCCAGAACAUAUUCUGCCAGGUGACCUGCAGCCCCAAACAAUCGGACAUGAUAGAGUCGCAUAACAUCAAAAUUUCAUCGGAUUUUAAACUUUACGCCGACGAGGUGAAGAUAAUAAUAAACGAAAAUCUCUUGAAUAAAACUUACGAUUCGUGCAAAGGAGUGUCGCUGCCGUCCACCGGUACUACCGUGAUGGAAAACGCGUGCGGAAGUUACGGCGCUGUAUGGUGCACCCCGGACAGGUGGCUCAGUUACAUUAACGAUCCGAAGCAAAACCCGCUGGCUCCGUUUUUAAUCACCCACACGCUCGUCAAUGACAGCGUACCAGGCGCUCUGAAUUAUGAAGCGAAGUCUUGUAACGAAGCUUGGCCGGGUCAUGAGGCGUGUAGCUGCGUGGACUGUCCAUUGAGUUGCAACGGAGAAUCUUACCACAAUUUAAGCCACGGGUAUUUCAUAUUCCCCUCGUUAGAGCUGUACAUUGUUGCUUGUGGAGUACUGCUGCUGGUAAUAGCCACUAUUAUUCUAGUGGUGGUUUGUCGGGAAUUAAUCCAAGGAUUCAGGAUGGCCUGUUGGGGAUCAGCGACCGUUUCGAAUAUAAAAACCAAAACCGAAAACGCCGGUAAACUGCUGGAGGAUUCCUUCUACAUGAUGGGAACAAUUGUGGCGGAGAGCAGGAUCAAAGUAUUGGUGAUGAGCGUGAUCGGUAUAGCGUUGCUGACGUCGGGAUCGAUAUUUUUGAAAGUUACUACCGAUCCCGUGGAGCUGUGGGCUUCCCCGAAGAGCACGAGCCGGAUGAACAAGGAUUUCUUCGACUCCUACUUCGGGCCCUUCUACAGGACCAAUCAAAUAUUUAUCAGAGCCGUCGGAUUGGAACCGUUCAUUUUCGAGUCGAAAUACGGUGGGAACAUAACGCUAGGACCGGCCUUUAAUAGCGAUUUUCUACAAGCUGUCUUCGAACUUCAGGAUCGUAUCACCAAUGAAACGUCUUUGAAAGGGUUAGAGAAGAUAUGUUUUGCUCCGUUACGAACUAUUUACUCCGGUGCACCUAAAGUAUCCGAAUGCACUGUAAUUUCAUUACUUGGAUUAUUCAAAAACGACAAAACCUUGUUUAAAAACGACAACUCCAGUUAUGAAACUAUCAUCGGAUGUUUACAGGCUCCGAAUAGUAUUAACUGCUUAGCUCCGUACGGGGGCCCCAUUCUGCCGGGACUCGCUCUAGGAGGCGCCACCAAAAAGAACAACUACUUAGACGCCGUCGGGGUGACACUCACUAUAUUAACCGCAAACAGCGUCAAAAAGGAGGAUUUGAAGGGAACUUUAGCAUGGGAAAAGAAUUUUAUAGAAUUUCUGAGGAAAUGGGAGGAUGAAGAAAUGCCGGACUUCAUGGACAUAGCUUACAGCGCCGAAAGAUCCAUAGAAGAUGAAAUCGAGGAUCUCUCGAAAUCCACCGUAUCCACAGUAGCAAUCAGUUACUCAGUCAUGUUCGUUUAUAUUACACUGAUGCUGGGCAAAUACACUUCUUACAAAAACUUCAUGGUCGAUUCGAAAUUUUCACUGGCCCUGGGCGGAAUUCUGAUAGUGUUCAGUUCGGUGGGUUCUGCGAUCGGUAUAUGCGGCUAUUUCAACGUGGUGACGACUAUGUUGACCAUAGAAGUGGUUCCGUUUUUGGUGCUGGCAGUCGGUGUCGAUAAUAUAUUUAUUAUCGUGCAAACUCACCAGCGGAAAGAAAGGAGGAAAGACUUGUCGAUAGCGGAAAAUAUCGGGGAAACCAUGGCCCAAGUAGGACCUAGUAUGUUCUUGACUAGUGCUUCGGAGAUAUUUUGUUUCGGGAUUGGUACGCUCUCUACCAUGCCUGCGGUGCAUACGUUUGCAAUGUACGCUACGUUAGCAAUUUUACUGGAUUUCAUAUUGCAAAUAACCGCGUUUGUAGCAUUACUGUCUCUAGACGAUCAACGAUGCGAAAGCAAUCGAUUAGACGUUUUGUGCUGCAUAAAAGCCAAAGUUCCUGAAAAUAUCGAUAAUUCCGAUUUUAUGUACAAAGUAUGGGCAAAUUACGCCGUACCGGCCCUAAUGAAACUCCCGGUGAGGUGCUUCAUAAUACUGCUGUUUAUCACCACGUUAGUUCUAUCUCUCGUCGUGUCCCCCAAAAUCGAAGUCGGAUUAGACCAAGAGAUAUCCAUGCCCGAAGGCAGCCACGUCAUUAAAUACUUCAAAUUUAUGAAAGAUUUACUGGGCAUCGGACCGCCCGUGUAUUGGAUCACCAAAGGCGACGUGAAUUACUUCGAUCCGCAUAUCAGGUAUCGAACCUGCGGAGGAAGCAACUGCUCCUCGAACUCCAUCAGCACUCAAAUUUACAUGGCGAGUUUACAACCCGAAACAACUUUCAUUUCGCAGCAGGCGAACUCGUGGCUGGACGACUUCAAGGAUUGGUCGGAGACGGACUCUUGCUGUAAAUACUUCAAGGAUACCGGUUACUUUUGCCCGCACACGGACACCGAAUGCGAGCCGUGCGACUUCGCCAGGACGAACGUGUCGGAAUUGGAAUAUUUCAGGAGGUAUUUGCCGCAUUUCCUCAACGACAAUCCGGAUCCGGGUUGCGCGAAGGGCGGGCAUCCUUCGUAUUCGACGUCCAUUACGUACGUGUCCGAUGCUAAAGGGUACACCAAGAUUGUAGCGUCGAAUGUGAUGGGUUAUCACACGGUGUUGAAGUCGUCCGAUGAUUUCAUAUCGGCUUUGAAGUACGCUAGGCACAUUGCCGCGAAUUUGACGAAAACUCUGGACGUGGCCGGAGUGGAAAUAUUUCCUUACAGCGUUUUUUACGUCUUCUACGAACAAUAUUUGAGUAUAUGGACGGACACUUUGCAAUCUAUAGCGUUGUCUUUGGCUACUGUAUUGGUUACAAAUUUCGUAUUUUCUGGAUUCAAAUUACUACCGGCUGUUGUCUUGACUUUUACCAUACUCAUGAUUAUAAUCCACAUGUUGGGAUUGAUGUGGUUGUGGAACAUUUCCCUUAAUGCUAUUUCUUUGGUAAAUCUCGUCAUGUGCGUAGGUAUUUCUGUGGAAUUUUGCGGCCACAUUAUCCACGCUUUCGAAAAAUCCCCUAAAGAUACUUCUGUCGAGAGAAUCACCGAUGCUCUAGCAAAUACCGGGAUAAAAGUAAUAAACGGAAUUACUUUGACGAAAUUCUGCGGGAUUGUAAUAUUAGCGUUCGCCAGCUCGCAGGUGUUCAGGAUAUUUUAUUUCCGAAUGUACAUGGGCAUAGUGGUGAUAGGAGCGCUGCAUGGGCUGGUAUUCCUGCCGGCUGUGCUUAGUUUCGAAGGUGCGAUUAAACGCUCUAAAAAAUCAACUCCCGUGAAUGGUACAACUUGAAGUCGAACGAUUCAAAUAUGCAAUACGAUCUGUUUAAUAUCGAAUUACAAAAAAUUUUAAUAAAUUCUAUACAGG